AUAAUUUCGAAAAAUUGAGGCACAAAUUGAAGAAUUACACCAUCUAAAAUGAAACUCUAUUUACUUGCCUUUCUUCUGAUAGGUUAUCUAAGCAACUUAGAUAAUGUCGAUUCAUUGUUUAUUGAGUCCUUGGAAUCAUUCGCUGUCAACUUGUACAAGACAGUAGCAAGACACGAAUCAGGAAACGUUUUAUUAUCUCCCUUGAGUGCAAACUUAGCAUUAAGUAUGGUUUUACCCGGAGCUAGAGGAAAUACAAAAAAUGAAUUACUCCAAGCUCUCUAUUUAAGAAAUUUUACUGAUCGCCAGAUCAUAGAGAGUUAUCAUUCUCUUCACUAUUUUCUGUCGAAUGUCAGUACGUCAGAACUUAACAUUUUGAAUAAAAUUUAUCUCAGUACCAGCUAUAGAGUUACACGAGAAUUUAGUUAUGCAUUAAAAUUUGACAUGCAUGCAGAUGGAGAACUAGUAGAUUUUUCUAAUGCACCACAAGCAGCAGAGGCAAUCAACUAAUGGGUGUCAAGAGGAACAAAUGGCAAAAUCAACGAAAU